CCCAUGGGGUCGCCAGUUCGCGAUGAACAGAUCCGUGUCUGGACCUGAGUCGACCAGUCUAUCGUCUGGUCUGGAUUGCUAGCUGAAUGGACGUAGGUACGACGCUUCUGCCCGGUAACGCCCGUGCGUACCUACAUCAUACAUCACACAUGGAGGCCGAAAUCUACAUGCGACGCGCUCUCCCGAGGCUUCUCGCCCUGCCUGGGCCGCUGUCUGUGCCUGUGCUUGUGCUUGCUUGUGCUUCCACAGAGCCUUGUGCGAACUGUCUUCAUGUACGAAGCAUUGCUGCGACUAGCAUUGCAUUAGCAUCGUACAGCGGCUAUUGCCAGCCAUGGCUGCCAUCUGGUCUGCUGCUACUGCUCGGACUCCACGAGUGCGUUCGGCUCCGCCCUGGGCGAGUUGGCCUAUCGCUCAUGCAGCAAACAAGACGACCGGACCAGGAUCUUUUGGCUUGCACAUGUACUCGUACGGAGUCCAGCGUCGUACCCCGAAGUCAGAAUUCCGUGCUUUUGGGUGGCAGCUGGUACAAGUGCUGGCCCAUGCCCUCCCCCAACUCCAACCCCAAUUCCGUGCCCUUGGCUCAGCCCUUGGCUCUCAGUGUGUGCAUCUUGCCUCCAUGCCUGUUGAUGUUUCCUCCUCCUGGUUCUCUUUUCUUCCUCAGAUGCUGCCGGGGUGCCUGUCGGCUGGGCGGACAAGCCAAGUGCCGAUGCCUUCAUCUUCUUCGCUUACUCACCAAGUUCCCGUGCGAUGCCCAACUGCAUCUGGCUGUAAUUCUCGUCCGAGGCCCUUUUGCCCACAAAGUCCAGUCCAGUCCAGUCCAGUCCAGCACCAAGUAGCGCCGUGCGACGCGCUUAUUAUCGCACAGGUCCCAAGAGCUGGUUCCAAUCAGGUACCACAGAGACAUCUGGUAGGCAGGCCUUGUUAGCCUAGCUCUGAAGAUGCCACAACGGCGCCGCCAAGCCGUCAGCAACCACACACCCAAUUUUCUU